AUGACCUCGAAGAUCAUCCCCGCGAAGCCCAUCGGCUACGGGUGGCGAUCCUCACGCCUGUUCAUCGUGGCAGUUAUCUCUCUCGCCAUGUUCGCUGACACCUUCCUUUUCAGCUUCAUCAUCCCCAUCCUACCCGACAUCCUGCAAGACAGACUUCAACAACCCCCGUCGCACACGCAGCUUCUUACUUCCAUCCUUCUGUCCUUGAACGCACUGGUGUCGAUUCUGAUCGCCCCGUUCACCGGCCAUUUAGCGGACGGCUCCAAGUCGAAGAACCAGUGGAUGGUGAUCUCAUGGGUGACCAACGCAGUCGGUACAGCCAUCACAGCAUGGAGCACGACAGUAGCCGUCCUCUUUAUCGGCCGACUCAUCCAGACCCUGGCCGGGUCAGUGAUCUGGAUCGUCGGCAUGGCCAUUCUGGGGGAUAAAGUGGGGGCCAAACACCUAGCCAAAGCCCUGGGCUUGGCCAUGCUGUUCGUGUCCGCGGGGCUACUCAGUGGCCCGGCUGUGUCGGGGUCUCUCUACCAGUUCGUGUCCUACUCGAUGACCUGGGCGAGUGCAUUUGCCGUGAUCCUCGUGGGGACUGUCCUACAGCUUCUCAUUAUUGGGCCCUUCAACUACGAGAUGCACACUGAGGACUCCUCUCCAGAAGAAUCGCAGAUCCGAAACCCGUUACUCUCCUCUGCAUCCCACUCCGAGAGCACGGCUUACCAAACUAUCGAAGAACCCAGCUCCCUCCCCAUCCAAAACGUCUACACCCUCAUGCUCCGCAAGAAAAGGGUAGCCACAGCACUAAUAGCAGACACCCUCUUCGCGAUCAUCAUCGCCAGCUUCGAGACCACGAUCCCGAUCCACAUCAAAGCCGUCUUCCACUGGGAGUCUCUCCAAGCGGGACUACUGUUCCUGCUUCUACAGGCCCCAUCGAUGAUCCUCGUCAUCCCGGCCGGAUGGCUGAAGGACCGGAUUGGGAUGCGGUACCCCGUGACGAUCGGGUUCCUGUGUCUCGCGCCAUCGCUGUGGUUGCUCGGGGUUCCGGGCCACACGCAGGACGUUUGGUGGACGGACGACGAGAACACUAAUCGGGUGAUCUACAUCGCCACGCUACUGGCGAUCGGAGUCUGGCGGGCUCUGUUAUUGGGGUUCGGGGCUGUCGAGGUGUUGCACGGCGCCAACGAGCUUUCGCAUGAAUACCCGGGCAUCUUCGGGCCGCACGGCGGGUACUCGCGGUCGUUCUCCAUGUCCAAUAUCAGCUGGAAGCUGGGGAUGUUUGUGGGGCCGCUGGUCUCGGGGACCUUGACGGAGAAGAUGGGGUAUUACCAGAUGAACUUGGUUCUAGAUUUUAUGCCUACGGCAAUGAACGAGCCCCAGGUGAUAGCCCUAGCCGGCGGCAGAGGCGACCUGGGCCACUACCUCCAGGAAGAGCUCAUCAAGGAUCCGCGCUACAGCGUCGUGAUCCUCACGCGGCAGACCCACCCUCCCACCCUUAUCUCCAACAGAGUAACCACCAAAACAACAGACUACACUCUCCCUUCCCUCCUACACAUCCUCCGCACCACGCACACCACAGCCCUAAUCUCCCUCCUCCGCUGCCCAGACGAGGACUACCUCCCCCUCCACACCACCCUGCUCAAAGCCUGCCAGCUCACCGAAACCUGCACCCGCUUCAUCCCCUCCGAAUGGGCCGGGGACAUCGAGUCCUUCCCCACCCUCCCACGAGCAUAUGGCCGGACUCGCCUUCCGUUCCGGGCGAUUCUUGCCGAGCAGGCAGGCUCCCAGACAUCUGAUGCCCUAUCCCACCCCGUGCAGAAAAUAGAGUAUACACUGUUGAAUCACGGCUGGUGCAUGGAAUACUUCCUCCCCGCCCACCAGUCCCACCGAAGGUGCAUGCCCGGGGAGUUUCCGAUCGAUCUCGUCGCGUGGAGGUAUACCGUCCGCGGGACGGGAGAGGAGGCGCAGAGCUGGACGUGUCGACCCUUCGAACGAGACUACCGAUCGAAGGAGGACAUCGAAACCACGAUCCAGCAGUACGAGGACCAGCCGGAGAGUCUGGAGCUGGCAAUUGCUGAGGCAGAGGAAUGGACAAUCAGCGGUGCUACUGCCUGUCCGAAGGAGAAGACCCUGCGGCAACGAGAGAAGUUCUUUGCCGGUAUGCAUUUCACUACUGUGGAGGAGUUGCUGAGGAAGGCGGAGGUGGAAGAGCGGGUGUAA